ACGCAGCGAGAGCGCGGCGCCCAAGCGCCCCCGAGUCCCGCAGCCCGGCAUGGCUUCAGGGGACCUUUACGAGGUUGAAAGGAUUGUAGAUAAAAGGAAGAACAAAAAGGGUAAAUGGGAAUAUCUUAUACGGUGGAAAGGUUAUGGGAGCAAUGAAGACACGUGGGAACCUGAACAUCACCUAUUGCACUGUGAGGAAUUUAUUGAUGAAUUCAACGGACUGCACGUCACGAGAGAAAAGCGAGCGAAGCACGGGAAACAAGCCAGCACACCAAAAUUUUUACGAGAGAGCAGAGGGUCGUCCCUUGACAAACUACCACACAGGCCAUCUGACUCUGGGAAGAGCAAAGGAUUGUCCCAUAAAAGGAAGCGCAUGGCCCCCACAUUUCAAAAGCCAAAAAAAGGCUACACGGCAAAACCGGCCUCUUCGGGAGAUAGAGCUGCGAAAACGGUAUCUUAUCGGACUACCCCCAGCGGAUUACAGAUUAUGCCAUUGAAAAAGCCACAGAACGGCUUGCAGAAUGGAGACGCCAGUUAUGAGAAGGAUUCUAGACAUUUUGGGAAUGGCUCCCAAAAGCCAGACAUGGAUUUAAAUGUACAUGAAGGGGAACCUGACGUGCCCGGAGUGUUGGAUGUUAACAACGAAUCACCCGUCAUGAAUGGAAUCGGUUCUUCUCUGGCGAAUGGAAGCCUGAAUCUCCAUAGCACUGUGAAAAGGAAGCUGGAAGGGGAAAAAGAUUACGUCUUUGAUAAGAGACUCAGGUACAGCGUGCGUCAAAACGAGAGCAACUGUCGGUUCAGAGACAUUGUUGUACGCAAAGAAGAUGGAUUCACGCACAUCCUCCUGUCCAGUCAGACCUCAGAUAACAAUGCACUGACUCCAGAGAUCAUGAAGGAGGUCCGGAGAGCGCUGUGCAAUGCAUCAGCUGAUGACAGUAAACUCCUGCUCCUCAGCGCGGUGGGCAGCGUCUUCUGCAGUGGCCUAGAUUACUCCUAUUUAAUCGGCAGGUUAUCCAGUGACAGAAGAAAGGAGAGCACGAGGAUUGCAGAAGCUAUAAGGGAUUUUGUAAAAGCAUUUAUUCAGUUUAAGAAGCCAAUCGUGGUUGCAAUCAACGGUCCCGCUCUGGGUUUGGGGGCUUCGAUUUUACCGCUCUGUGAUAUCGUGUGGGCAAGCGAAAAGGCCUGGUUUCAGACACCCUAUGCAACCAUUCGGCUCACUCCAGCUGGCUGUUCAUCUUACACCUUUCCACAGAUAUUGGGUGUCGCUCUGGCAAACGAAAUGUUGUUCUGCGGAAGGAAGCUCACGGCACAAGAAGCCUGCAGCCGAGGACUCGUCUCCCAAGUCUUCUGGCCGACAACCUUCGGGCAAGAAGUGAUGCUGAGGGUGAAAGAAAUGGCAUCCUGCAGUGCAGUGGUAUUAGAAGAAUCUAAAUGCCUGGUUCGAAGUUUCCUGAAAUCUGGCCUUGAAGAUGUGAAUGAGAAAGAAUGUCAGAUGUUAAAACAACUCUGGAGUUCUUCCAAAGGACUGGAUUCAUUAUUCAGCUACCUGCAAGACAAAAUUUACGAAGUCUGACAUCAUUGCGCAACUUGAAAGAAAGAAGAGAGAAAAAAAUGUUCCCGAGAGAUUUCAGGCAUCACCGGGGUUUGAAAAAUAAUACGAAAGUCAAACCCAGAUCCAACAAAUCCCUCGGAGGAAUUUGUGACAGUGUACCUAACAUACCUAUGGUUGUGUCAGUUUCCUUGUGAGUUAAAUAGAGACAUUUCAGCGGCUGCUCCUGGAAGUAUCGGUUCUUCUUUGACAGAGGGAGAGGCAGAUGUGUUCAGGUGCACAACCAUUGCCAAAAGCUGCAAUUUAAUGCACAUGUGGCUGGAAAGAAACAUAACAUUCCACAUGCUGGAAAGCACUAGGGUUGCCCUUCAAGGCACACCAGGAAUAUCAAUUUCUUUGUCUUAUUUUUUUUCCGUCCAAAUUAACUUAUUCUUGCUUUCGUGAGCAGCUUGUCUCUGCGUUGACCCAAGUGGUGCAAUUUAGAAUUUGGGCCAAAGUUACACUUUUCAGGCCUGCUUUAAAAAGAUUUCAAUACUUUUGUGUUUGUCGAAACAUUAACAGUGGAA